GUGCAAUCAGCACCACCGAAUGGUGGUUGGGGAGGAUCGUCAGCAGCUGGUUGGAGCAGCUCUCCAUCGGGAAGCUUUGGUGGCGCAUCCGCAAGUGGACAGGCAGCACGAAACGGGAAAGCUAACAAUGAAGAAAGAAUGCUUGUGAAGGGCUGGAUUACCCUCAAUGAUCCUCAAUGA